CAAUCCAUAUGUUUUGUAAUCGACUUUAAAAAAAACUUGUUUCAUGUAUUUAUCUUCAAAAGUUUGACUAAUCAGAAAUCACAAAAUAGCUGAUCUUGACCAAUGAGAGAUCGCAAAACUACGAGUCAGCUGAUUUUUAUGGCGGAGUCACUCAAAAUUAUAAGAUAAAUUUAAGCCGCGGCUCAAAUUCUUUAAAUUCGGCCUCUAGGUUUUAAUUAAGUACUAAUUAGUUUAUGAAAUUUGAAGAGGAUCCCACAUAGUUUAUCAGUUAAUACAAAAGAUAAGACACGGCACAGAGCGAAUACAGAAUUACAGAGAUAACGCAGUAUUAUUUACUGACAUACCUAAAUAUUUAGUAUCUUUAUAAAAGCUCAUAGUUGCCUUUGUUAAGUUGUAUUGUUUGGAUGACCUUAUUCUGGUUCCCUAGGACCAAUUUGCCUCAAAUUUUGAUAACUCUCAGUAGAACCACUAAAAUGUUCUUAGCCCGGUUUAAAAAAUUCUAAGUUGAGUGGGUCUGAUUUUUAUAAGGAAAACUCCAGGCAACGUAUACUAUUCCAGCUUUACGUGAAAACUAACCUUACCUUUAAGAGACCUUCCAAUCAACUUCGAAUUUUCCCACCAAACUAAGGACAUUUCCGUUCCAAGCUCCCACAAUCAUAAUUGAAAGCAGAUCAGUGAAGGGGUUCAUGAAUUAUGAUCUGACAUACAAACAAACGAACAAAUAGACAAAUAGAGACUACUUUUAUAUAUAUAUGUAUAUACAACCCGAUCAUGCCCUGGAAAAAAAAUAUAAAAAAUAGUUUUAUAAAAGCUGAACAUAAUUUUCAACCUAAACAGGUCUUGGUUCAUAACCCUGGAAAUAGAUGAAUUUUUAUUGAAAGUUCUGGUUAUAUCUGCCCCUGGAAGCAGAGUAAAGAGGAGGAGGAGAGAGAUAUAUAAACACCAAUCUAGAAAAUAUUCGGCACUCCGUCAAGUUUCUCCGGAGAAAAUAAUGAUUCCAAUCCUUUCUCUUCUUCCUCUCUUCGCCAGUUCUAAUCAUGUGAGGCCCUAUGUCGCAAAGGCACAAGAUGUCCAGAGACAAGAGCUCCUACCUAUGUUAAACCACCGAACCCGGUGGCUGGAGAGAACUCCGUUAUCAAGCAUCCCCACGAAAGAUCCGCUCCAAUACGGAUCUCUGAAGAAGUUCCAGGAAAACUACGCCUUACGUCCAAGUCUGCAGGAUGAGCCACAGGCCUUUAAAUCUCGGGAGCAACGAGCCUUUUUAUCCCCUCCGGGAAGACAAGAAGGGUUGGGUCGGGACCAGAACAGAUUCUACCAAUCCACCCCAAGGAGUAUGGCCACUAGUCAAGAAUCAGGAAACAUGAAUUUAUUCCGGGAAGAAGAAGGGAAAAGAAAUAUCCAGGAAAGAAAAGGUAAUGAGGAAGAACGGAGUGAUAGGAAUGAGAACAGGAAUAUCAAGGAAGAAGAAGGGAGAGAUGAGAAGUUUGCCAGUAUAACGAUGGUUGAUCCAACCCCAAACCUGUUCAGGAUGUAUCUAAACUUCUGCCACUUUUAUGGCAAGGAUGCCCAAACUGCGUUUCAAGAUCCUUUCCUCCGAAAAAUAAUCCAAAAAGCAAGAAACAAAUAUAAAAACCUGGUGGUCAGACUUUAGAAAAUACGCAAAAAUAUGACUUUAUCCUAAAGAUAACAAAUAGUCAAAUUUAGUAAAAACUUUAUUUUAAGUUUUAAGAUCGAAUAUCAUGAAUAUCAUAGGAGAGAGAUUCGGCUGUUUUAAACACUUAUUCUUUUUUCAUCUGUAAAUUUAAUUUAUUAUUUUUCGA